AUGGAUUUAUCUUACAAUAACCUAUCUGGUUCAAUCCCAAAGUCGUUGGAGGCACUUCAACACCUCGACUAUUUUAAUGUUUCUUUCAAUGCUCCAAGAGGAGAAAUUCCAACUGGUGGUCCUUUCGAAAACUUCACUACGGAUGCGGAAUUCCAAGGUUCAAUCUUUCACUUUGCUAUCAUAAUAUACAGAAGAAAAAAUAAGGCAGUCAAUGGAACUGACGAGCUGGUUCCCACUGUACCUCUAGAAAGAAUUUCGUAUUACGAACUCCUACAAGCAACUCAAAAUUUCAGUGAAACGAAUUUACUCGGUGUAUGGAGUUUUGGUUCUGUGUACAAAGCCGUUCUAAGAGAUGGCAAGAUUGUGGCUGUCAAGGUCUUCAAUUCGCUAUCGGAAGCUUCUUCUAAGAGCUUCGAAGUCGAAUGCGAGGUACUACGAAACAUCCCCACAGAAAUCUCACCAAAGUCGUGA